GUUCACUGUUUUGGCCUGAUUUAUUGAUCCGACCCGAAUUGUGUUCACCGCACUUCACCCAAGUAGAUUUUGAUUUUUGAUAAUACGACCUGAAUUUUUUUCUUCUCUCUCGCCAUCUGCAUCUACCCUGGUCUCCGUAAUCUGGAUAGUGGAUACCAUACCAUUUUUUCUCCAUUACUAACAAGCGACUAAUAAAGUUCCACGCUUUUACAGGUUCGAUAAUAUAGUUUUGUGAAGAUGAGGGGAGGAGGAAUGUGGAAACUCGGGCAAUCAAUCACUCGCCACUGCUUGCCCACCAUUGCGCGCAGAUGUUUUGCGUCAGAAGCCGCCGAUCUUCUCAAGAAAACCGCUCUGCACGACUUCCAUGUCCAAAACGGCGGCAAAAUGGUGCCAUUUGCAGGUUGGAGCAUGCCCAUUCAGUACAAGGACUCGAUCAUGGAGUCCACGGUGAACUGCAGGGAAAAUGGCAGUCUGUUUGAUGUUUCCCAUAUGUGCGGUCUGAGUCUGAAAGGGAAAGACUGCGUCCCGUUCUUGGAGAAGCUUGUCAUUGCUGAUGUGGCAGGACUUGAUCCGGGGACGGGAACUUUGACUGUUUUCACGAACGAGAAGGGUGGGGCCAUUGAUGAUUCUGUGAUUGCCAAGGUCAAUGAUGGUCAUAUAUAUCUUGUUGUGAAUGCCGGGUGCAGGGACAAGGAUCUUGCACACAUUGAAGAACAUAUGAAAGCUUAUGCGUCUAAGGGGGGCGACGUUUCUUGGCAAAUCCAUGAUGACCGGUCUCUCUUGGCCCUCCAGGGACCAGUUGCAGCCACAGUCCUUCAACAUUUGACAAAGGGAGAAGAUAUAAGCAAGAUGUACUUUGGCAACUUCAAGGUUUUGGAUAUCAAUGGGGUCUCAUGCUUCCUCACAAGAACCGGGUACACGGGGGAAGACGGGUUUGAAAUUUCCGUACCUUCGGAACAUGCAGUCGACCUUGCGAAAGCCAUUCUAGAAAGAUCCGAAGGGAAGGUGAGGCUAACAGGGCUGGGUGCCCGCGACAGCCUCAGGCUUGAAGCCGGCCUGUGCUUAUACGGCAAUGACAUGAACGAACACAUAACGCCCGUUGAGGCCGGGCUUACGUGGGCCAUAGGGAAGAGACGACGGGCCGAAGGAGGCUUCCUCGGGGCUGAGGUGAUCCUGAAACAAGUUGAAGAAGGCCCAAAAACCAGAAGAGUGGGCAUCGUGUCCUCCGGCCCACCAGCAAGAAGCCACAGUGAGAUCCAAGAAGAGAAAGGGCUUGAAAACAUUGGGGAAGUCACUAGCGGCGGGUUCAGUCCCUGUCUCAAGAAGAACAUCGCGAUGGGGUAUGUGAAAUCCGGUUUGCACAAAGCGGGCACCAAUGUGAAGAUUUUGGUUCGCGGGAAGUCCUAUGAUGGUGUAGUUACUAAAAUGCCCUUCGUCCCGACCAAGUACUAUAGGCCCUCAUCUUGAUCAUUUCCCCCUAUCCAUAAUUCUUUUCCCCCCAUUCUCUUAUAAUGCUUUCUUAUGAAAAUGAACAAAGCCUAAGCCUAAGACCCUUCCCUUUGUGUCUCCAUUUUUGCUUUGUUACAGCCAUGGUUUGAGCUCAGUGGCAGCAACUUCUUUAUGAUUCUCUUGGCUUGAUACCAAUAAUAAUAAUAAUUUGUUGUUGAUUUUUAUGUUCAUAUGGACAAAUAUGUUAUCAUUUGAAUAUGUAACAAGUUGUUUAUAUUGUUGAGAAAUUGAUAUGGUUCCUGUUUUCAAAAAAAAGUUGUCGGUUGCCAUAACUCCAAUUUU